GAUAAUGUAGGUGGUGUAAGAAAAAAGCGCCAUCAACGUUAACGGCACAGAUUUGUGGGACGCCCUAAGAUACCGAGGAUCCCCCCACGUGUCCCCCCGGACAGAAUCCGGACCCAUUUUUAUAAGGCUGAUUUAACCAACGUUAACUGCCUAGAAAUCCACUCCAAACGAACUUUCGAAUUUCUUUUCCCCCAGAAUAUUUGCUUUUUGUGUAUGUUCUACUUUUUGAGCUAUUGAUCUUUUUGUUCGUAGUUUUUUAAUCGAAGUUGCGUUAUUGGAAGUGUAUAGGGUGGUGAAAUUCACAAGAUUGACGCUAUCACCAUGUCCUCUCUGGUCCCUUCCCAUGUAGCCGCCGAGGCUAAAGGCUCUACGAUACUUCGCGAAUCAAUAGAUAUCAAUCAUUGCACUCCAAUAUCGGAUGAUAAUCAAAACACAAAUCAAUCCUCCAAUACCGACAACAGCUCCGUUCCACCACCACCACCACCCCCUCCUCCUCCUCCCCCCAUUUUCCCCAAAUCCUUCACUCUCGCAAAUAUACCCCCCGCUCCAUCCCCUCCAUCUCUCGGCCCCCCAGACACCUUCCUCGUCGAACUCCUCACUUACAAUGGUCACCCCUACAAAGACCAUUGGGCCUACUUCAUCCGCUCCCCCUCCAAUCCCUCCGUCGGCGUUCGUCUCCACGCUACCGGAGAUGUGAGAAAUGGAUUUCGUUUUGAGAUUCAACUGGAUUAUAAUUUAUAUACUACUGAGGAUAUCCCUACCAAGAGAAUCUCGCUGCAGUGGGUUGAUGGGGGGAAAAUACCGAAUGAGGGGCUUUGUGAAGCGGAUGUGGAUAUGUAUAACAGGGCCAUUUGUUCAUUCGAGGAAAGUGUAAGGAGGGCAGAAGUGCCCGGGAAGACGUUGAAUUCUUUGGGUGAAGAAGUACGUAAGAUCUUCUCGUAUUCAACUCUAUUCAAGUGUCCCAUGCGUUUUAUUUUCCACCCCCCAUCUCCCCAAAAAAACCAAUCAACAUCACCACCUCUCCAUCUACUAACAUACCCUUCUUCAAAGAACCAUCUAGGCAAAAAGAUCAUCCAAAAAGAUUGUCAGUCAUGGCUCGUAGAGGCCGCGGACCACUUAGUGCAGGAUGGGAUUUUCGACCCUGAGGUUGCGGGGUUUCUGCACGCGGUUAAACAGUGAUUUAUUAUCACACUAUGCUAUGCUGUAUUACAUCAUAAAUAGAGCAAAUACAUCGUACUUCGGACUUAGACUCGGAGUUGAAUAUAUGCAUCUUAGGUGGUGUUUAGUAGUGACA